CUCACGUGAUUACCUCCAGAAAGUGCGUCUUUCAUAAAAGGCCCAGCUGCUCCCCCCGCUACUUCGCUUCUCUCCACCACUUCCUUAUUUCUCACUGCCCCCGUCUCGCCUCGGAGCUCCGGUCGGGACAAUGAACCCAAUCCUCCCCACAUUUCUUCCUUCUCUUUCACUUUUCUCUUCUUUUCUUCUGUUUUCUCUCUUUGUUACUUCCGCCUCUGCCUCUGGGUUUGACUUUCAAAUUCCGCCGGAAGACUUACUGCUGCCCUCCGACGCUGUUUCUCUUCUUUCUUUCAAGUCCAAAGCCGACUUGGACAACAAGCUUCUUUACACUCUUAAUGAACGCUUUGAUUACUGUCAAUGGCAGGGUGUGAAGUGCGUUCAGGGUCGUGUUGUUCGACUGGUUCUUCAAUCCUUUGGUCUUCGAGGGACAUUGGCUCCAAAUACAGUGUCUCAGCUCGACCAGCUUCGGAUUCUCAGCCUGCAUAAUAACUCCCUCGAAGGACCCAUUCCGGACUUAUCCAGACUCUUCAAUCUUAAAUCUCUGUUUCUUGGACGAAACUCCUUCGUUGGGUCUUUUCCGCCGUCGAUUCUCACUCUUCACCGGCUUCAGACUCUUGAUCUUUCCUAUAAUAAGUUUACUGGUCCACUCCCGGUGAGGCUUUCGUCCUUGGACCGGCUCAUUACUCUUCGCCUCGAAUGGAAUGGCUUCAAUGGAAGUAUUCCUCCUCUAAAUCAGUCAUUCCUUGAGGUCCUCAAUGUCACGGGAAACAACCUGACCGGGCAAAUUCCAGUUACCCCUACUCUGUCGCGUUUCAACACGUCGUCGUUUUUCUGGAACCCAGAUCUCUGUGGCGAGAUCGUUAACAAGGCAUGCCAUUCACCCGUUCCAUUCUUUGAAACUUCCAACGCCACUCCCCCACCAUCUAUCCCUUCCGUCCAAAGCGCACAGUCACAGGAUGUACUUCUCUCUCCAGUUACUCAUGUUAAGCACAAGGAAACCGGUAUGAUUUUGGGGCUUUCAGUCGGCGCUGCAGUUUUAGUAGCCGGGGUUUUAUGUUUCUAUGUAGCUGCUAGAACCCAAAGAAGUCAAACUACGUCGAAGCAGGCAAUGCCGCAGUUCGAAACCGAAACUAAUUUUUCCACAGCUUCCGCAAUGAACGACCGAGUCGACGGGAAGGGCGAAUUUUUUGCCAAAGUGAAAGAAAGUGAAGAAAUGCCAAAAACCCAUAAGAGUGGUAAUCUUAUAUUUUGUGAAGGGGAAGCAGAAUUAUUCAACUUAGAGCAGUUAAUGAGGGCUUCGGCCGAGCUACUCGGCAGAGGCACAAUGGGAACUACAUACAAAGCAGUGCUCUGCAACCAGCUCAUUGUAACGGUGAAACGUCUUGACGCUACUAAGACCGCUACGACCAGCAGCGAAGUGUUCGACCGGCAUUUGGGAGCAGUGGGUGCGCUUCGUCAUCCCAAUUUGGUACCAGUUAGGGCAUAUUUCCAAGCCAAGGGAGAGAGAUUAGUGGUAUACGAUUACCAACCUAAUGGCAGUCUUUACAACCUCAUUCACGGUUCAAGAUCAGCAAGGGCUAAGCCUUUACACUGGACAUCAUGCUUGAAGAUUGCAGAAGAUUUAGCUCAGGGCAUUGCCUAUAUACAUCAAGCUUCGAGGUUAAUCCAUGGCAACUUAAAGUCUAGUAAUGUUCUUCUUGGUGCAGAGUUUGAGGCCUGUCUCACAGACUAUGGCCUUUCUGCUCUGGCAGAGGCCUAUGAAGAUCCAGAUUGUUCACGGUACCAAGCCCCUGAAACUCGCAAGUCGAGCCGGAAUGCAACACAGAAGAGCGAUGUCUAUGCAUUCGGCGUCCUUUUACUUGAGCUUUUGACGGGAAGACAUCCUGCACACCAUCCAUUUCUUGAGCCAACUGACAUGCCAGAAUGGGUGAGAGUAGUUAGAGAAGAUGAUGGUGGGGAUAGUAACCAACUUGGAAUGCUUACUGAGGUGGCUAGCCUCUGCAGCACUACAUCGCCUGAACAGAGGCCAGCCAUGUGGCAAGUUUUGAAGAUGAUACUGGAGAUUAAAGAGAGUGUCAUGACAGAGGACAGUGAAUCUAGUGGCUUUUAAACGGUUCUUUGACCCCAAAAAGAAGAAGAAGAGAAACUUAUCAACUGUAUAUUUCCAUCUGACUCGGUCAAAUUUUUCAAUAGCUCGGUCUGAAAAUAUUUGAGUACAAGGAAGAGAAUCCCAUAAUAAUCAUUAUCCAUGCGGAGACUUUGAUGGAGUUUUCCAAGAAUCUCAGAUUAACGUCUUCAACUUGAAGAUUGAGUGGACAAAAAAUCGUCUUCAGUGUUUUUGGGAAGAGAGAAACAUUGGUUAUAUCUGUUGGGAAGAACUGUAGCCAUCGAUGUGUAGGCUUCAGAAAUGGCCUUGGAAUAACAAAAACAAGGAAUUGUAAUUAUAAUCUCUCUACAUGUUUUCAUUGUAAUUUAACAAGAUUUUAUUGUUUUUGUUUAA